AUGAGGGGGAGCGCCUACCGCUUGCAGCGCCUUUUUGGCGCUGAUGGUCGAUGCUUUGACGUGGCGGUGGAUCACGGCAUCUUUGGCGAGCUCACCUUUCUCAAGGGCAUCGAGGACAUGGAAGCGGUGGUGCGGAUUGUGGUCGAGGCCAACCCCGACGCUGUGCAGCUGAGUCCCGGCCAAGCGCACCUCCUGCAGUCGAUUCCCGGCAAGGCUAAGCCCGCGCUCGUCCUCCGCGUGGACACAACGAACGCAUACGAACAGCCGAAACCGAGCCAGCUGUUCAGCCAAAUGAUCGCCGACCCCGUGGGCCAGGCACUACGCCUCGAUGCCGCGUGCGUGGUGGUGAACCUGAUCCGCAUUGAAGGGGCCGAGACGCUCUAUCACCAGUGCCUCCAGAAUAUCGUACAGAUCAAGCCCGAAUGCGAGAAGUGGGGCAUGCCGCUCAUGAUCGAGCCGCUCAUAAUGAGGGCCGAUGGCGAGCGAUACGGUGUAGACGGCGAUGCAACCAAGAUCAUUCCUCUGGUGCGGCAGGCCGUCGAGCUGGGGGCCGACAUUAUCAAAGCCGAUCCCACGACAGACAUGGAGGAAUACCACAAAGUGGUGGCGGUCGCGGGGCGGGUGCCGGUCCUGGUGCGCGGCGGCGGCCGGGCGUCGGACGAGGAGGUCCUUCAGCGUACAGCCACGGCCAUCGGCCAGGGCGCACGCGGCAUCGUCUACGGCCGCAACGUCGUGCAGCACCGCACGCCCAAGGGCAUGACGCAGAGCCUGAUGGGCGUCGUCCACGAUGGCCUCUCCCCCGCCGAGGCUCUCCACCGCCUCCAAGCCUUCUAA